CUCAUAAUAGGUAGUGUGUGCUUAUAGUUUAAUAAAGGUCGAUCUAAUUAGGUUUUUAGAUGGCCAGAAAAAAACUGUAUUAUACGUAACUAUAGCACACCUCAAUAUAGACGUUUCAAGAUCACACUGUUAUGAGCAACAGCUUAGGUGACACAUGUGUGGUGUGUCACGCGACCUGGACAUCCGUUACUGCGUGUGUGUGCAACAAACGCCUAUACUGUGGUGAGGAGUGCAAGAAAAAAGACUGGGAUGGUGGUCAUGAUGUCGUAUGCGAGAAGAAAGUCAAAAGCGAAUAUGAGUGCUGUGAAUGCAGACGGCCUGAGGCUCCAUUUUGUUGCCCAUGCCUUCAAAUGGCGUUCUGUUCGCCAGAAUGUCAG